GUAGGUGGCGCGACUUCGUUUAAGGACGCAAGCUUCGCCCUUCCGUUCUGUUUGUGGCUUCGGUUGUUUUGCUCAUGUCUCGUGAUUACUAAACCAGGAAACUACUUCAGCUGCUCUUUUCAGAAAUUAGAGGUUUUCUUGCAAGCUCUUAUGUCUCUCUCUGUAUGUAUGUAAGUGAAAUAUGGCAGAAGUGAAUAUACCUCAAGACAGGUUCAUCUGUUCAGUGUGUUUGGAUCUACUGAAGGAUCCAGUGACCAUUCCCUGUGGACACAGUUACUGUAUAAGCUGUAUUACAAACUACAGCUGUAUUACAAACUACUGGAAUCAGGAUGAUCAGAGGAGAAACUACAGCUGUCCUCAAUGCAGACAAACCUUCACAUCAAGACCUGCUUUAAACAAAAAUGUGAUGAUUGCUGAAAUGGUGGAAAAACUGAAGACGAGACUUCAAACUGUUUCUGAUCAAUGUUACGCUGGACCUGAAGAUGUGAAGUGUGACGUCUGUACUGAGAGAAAAUACAAAGCUGUCAAGUCCUGUCUGGAGUGUCUGAACUCUUACUGUCAAAAUCACCUUCAACAACAUGAACAAUUCUUUCAUGUGAACAAACACAACCUGAUGGAUCCUACUAGACGACUGAAUGACAUGAUCUGCACAAAACAUAGAAAACAUCUUGAAAUCUACUGUCGCACUGACCAGGAGUGCAUUUGUUAUCUGUGUACGAUGGAUGAACAUAAAAAUCAUGACACUGUAACAGCUGUAGCAGAAAGAACUGAGAAACUGAGAGUUUUGGGAGAGACACAGAGAAACUUCAAGCAGAGAAUCCAGGAGAGAGAGAAGAAGCUUCAGGAGCUCAGAGACGCCGUGAACUCUUACAAGCGCUCUGCACAGACAGCAGUGGAGGACAGUGAGAGAAUCUUUACUGAACUGAUCCGCUCCAUUGAGAGAAGCCGCUCUGAGGUGACACAACUGAUCAGAGAUCAGGAAAAGACUGCAGUGAGUCCAGCUGAAGGAGUCUUGAAGCGUCUGGAGCAGGAGAUCGAUGAUCUGAGGAGGAGAGACACUGAACUCGAGCAGCUUUUACACACAGACAAUCACAUUCAUUUCCUGAAGAGUUUUAAGUGUCUGUCUGCACCUCCUGAAUCUACAGUUUCACACGACAUUACUGUCAGUUCUCUCGUCUCUUUUGAUGAUGUGAGAAAAUCUGUCUGUCAGCUGAAAGAAAAACUGGAGGAUUUCUGUAGAGAGGAGAUAGAAAAGAUAUCUGGUGGAGUUUCAUAUAUCACAUUUUUUUCUGAUGAGCCCAACAACAGAGAGGAGUUCUUGCAAUAUUUCAGGCAGUUCACACUGGAUUUAAACACAGUGAAUAAAUACAUCCGUCUGUCUGAUGGAAAAACAGCAGCUACAUACACUGAUCCAACAGUCCAGCAGUAUCCUGAUCAUCCAGACAGAUUUGAAAGGUGGCGGCAGGUGUUGUGUAGUGAGAGUGUGUGUGGACGCUGUUACUGGGAGGUCGAGUGGAAUGGUAGGGUGGAUAUAUCAGUGUCAUAUAAGAGCAUCAGCAGGAAGGGAGGCGGUGAUAAUUGUGUGUUUGGAUUUAAUGAUCAGUCCUGGUUAUUGUACUGCACUGAAUUCAAAUGCUCAUUCUGGCACAAAAACAAACGCACUGAUCUCCCUGUAGUGUCCUUCUCCUGUAGAAUAGGAGUGUAUGUGGAUCACAGAGCAGGAAUUUUGUCUUUCUACAGCGUCUCUGACACAAUCACCCUCAUCCACAGAGUCCAAACCACAUUCACUCAACCUCUCUAUCCUGGUUUUACUAUUAAUAAAGGAUCCACAGUAAAAGUGUAUCGUCUCACAAAAUAAAUCGCAAAGAUUCUACAAGUAAAACUUAAAUUCAAAGUCAAAAGAGUGAUUAGACUUGUAUGCUGCGACAUCCAAACAUAAAGAAUUAAAGUGUACUAAUAAAUAAGAGUAAUUAAAUGUCUCAAUACAACUUGGAUUUCUGUAAAAAAUCUGUGUUUUUCCUUAAGUACAGUGCUCAUAAGAGUAAAGUGAGUGUAGAAACAGACUUCGACCAACAGAGGGCAGCAGUAAAUAAUAAAUAAAGCAGCAUUAGACAAGUAGAUUCUUAAAAAUAAGUUUUUCAGUGCAAUAUAGUGUCUUGUAAAGUUCUUGGGCACAAUGUCCUCAAAGAGCUUCUGGAUCUAAUCAAAUCUAGUUCUAAAGAAGAGAAAGACGACAAAAACCCCAAGCACAUGGAGUCAUUUGUUUUCUUGAGUUAAAGACUUUGUAAAUUGUUUGUUUUUCUUGAGCUAAAUAAAUUCAGUAUUCUACUGUACCUUGAUCUUAUAGUUUAGUUUGUAAUGAUCAAUUGGCGUUACUUGACAUUUUUAUGAUCCAUUUGUUUGUCUUGUUGAUUCAUCCAGCAACAACUGAAAUACGUCAUGAUUUUCAUGAGGGUAAUGUACAUUUGGAUUGUGAAAAUGCAUGAUGUAUUUUGAAUUUUAAAUAAAAUUGUGUGUAAAAUCUUUCUUCAAUUGAACAAAUGAAUGUAUUUUUUAUUUAACUUUUUUAUUCAAGAACUACAACUUUGGGAUAAAGUAAUACAUUUGCCUGUAAUAAAAUUAAUUUUUUUCAGGGUUCGUACAGGUGCUGGAAAUCCUGAAAAAUGAUUGAUUUUUAAUGUGGUGUUUUCAAGGUAUAAAAAUGCUUGGAUUUGGGAUAAAGGACUUGAAACUGCUUGAAAAUAGUAUGUGACAAUAUAGUUCACUUUUUAGAUAAAAUAACUGAAAGUGUUUAACUGAAAUAGAAUAAAAAUCUACUUAAUUACUCACCCAUCGUGCAUCAGAAGUGGACUUUGAACUUGAGCUGGUGCAUGCAAAAUGUACGUGUCUGAUGAGUGAUACCUGUGAAUUGUAGACUUUUCGUCCAGUGCGCACUAAUGUUUUGAAGUCAUAAUAAUGAACUGUUUGUAAAGAAAAUCUCGAGUUCCAAAUGAUAGGCUAUACAUUUUUUAAACCAGAUUCACGCAUUAAAAGCUGUUUUC